GACUGUGGUGUGGCUGGUGCCCACCCCUCCCACGUGACUGUGCACUCUGUGUCUCAGUUCGUGUGCCUUGCGGCAGGUACUUCUGGUGCCUCUCCUGGCCGGCUUGUGUCGCAGCCUCGGAGUGAACACUGUGUCUUCGGCGAUGUUUGGUCUUUGUGGCAGGAUACCUUUACGAGCUGGUGCUCUGACUUCCUGCCCAUUGCUGUCAUGGCCAGCAUCGCAGAUAGUGAGGUGACUUUUUGCAGCCGUGCCUUGCAGUAUGGUCUCAGUCAAGCUGUUGUUGACAGUCUUGCUUCGUCUGGCAUUAAGACGUACUCGUCAUUGCUUUUUGCGGUGGCCAGUGCUCCUGGGGCCAUCGACGAUGCUCGUCUUAAGGCUGCUCAGUCCAAGCACUUGGGUGCUGACCCGUCGGAGGGCUCGCUGUCCGCCUUUGCACGUUUGUUGUUUGAGGCUGGCACCUUUGUGGUUGCUGAGUUGCGCAGCAGUGUGGCUGGUGAGGAUGAUGGGUCCAAGAAGUUGACACAUCAGGAGCGGUCGAGCCGCAUGGCGGCCAUGAGGUCCAAGCUUGGUGCUUGGCCCAUUGCUGGGUCUUUUGAGCCCAGCAACUCCCUCAUCGACCAGGCCUUCUGUAUGAUCUCUGACUCAUCUGUUCGCUACAUUGCUCCCAGUCGCUGCAGUUCUCGUGAGCAAGAGAUUGUUAGUGAAAAGAGGGACGACACCCUCUUUCGGCUGGAGGCCAGUGCUCUCAAGGCUGCUCGGAAGCCUACUUUGUUGAAGGCUGAUGUCAGUAACGAGCUGCGCCUGUACCAAGCUUUCAGUCGCAGGGGUGUUGCGCUUGAGGUUGCCAACGUCUGUUCUUUCAGCACGCACGAGACGUAUGUCAGGGGGCUUUUUGAGCACUUGCAUCGGAUGGCCCCUCCGGGGUACAGCCCUCCUGGCAUUGACGCUGUCAUCGCUGCUGAUCGUGCUGUCUGGCAACAGGUUGCUUCUCAGGUGCCCUGUCUUCCUGCCGUCGACUCUGCCUCUGCUGUCGACGCUGCCCUUGCUGCUGCUGCCAACUCUCCGGGUGUGACUUUUCACGUUUUGCCUCGUGAGAAGAAGCGUGCCUUGGAGGACAAGAGCAGCCAGCCGUCCAAGUGGCCGCAGAAAGGCCAUACUUUGGAGGCGACUCAGACCGAGGUUUGGCCGGACUUGUCCGCUGGCCAUUCUUCUUCCACUGUGGAUUCGCUUGGCUGCGUUUCCGAUGUUUUUUCCGAGGCAUCUGCUGUGCAAGCCGCCGAUGAUGUUGUUUGCUCUGCCCCUGCCGUGCCCUCUGCUGCAUGCGUGGGCCUCAGUUUUGACAAAUCGCAGGAUGCUGUCGUGAGUGCUGCUGCUGCUCAUGGCAGUGGCCAAUCUGACUUCAUGAAAGCCGCCAGCUCGGUUCGGCACCCGUCUGAGGUUGAACUUGCGCCUCUGGAGCAUCAGCUCCACCAAGGUUUGGCUCCGCACUGUCGCAAGGUCUUACAGGGCAAAAGGCUGCUUCUUCUUGGAGAGCUGUUGCGGGGCAUGGGACACGAGGACUCUCACCUUGUGUCUGACAUCUGCUCGGGCUUUCGCCUGACCGGGUGGGUCAGGGCCAGCAACGUGAUGGAGCCCAAGCUUCGUGCACCCACUGAGUCUGCUGCCAACUUGUGGCGUCGGCGCAGCGACCUGAAUGGCCAGGUGUGGCGACAGACUGUCUCUACAGGUUGUGAUAGUCUGGACAAUGAGCUCUGGGAGGCUACUGUGAAGUAUUCUUCCAGUGGCUGGGCCAUGUUGCUGCCUGCAUCUGCCUGUGCUCCUGCCGACCUGCUUCUGAGUCGCAGGUUUGCUGUAGUCCAAGGGGAUCGUGUACGUGCGGUUGAUGACUUCAGCUUCAACGGGUUGAAUGACACGCUUGGCACCUGUGAAAAAGUCACCACCAUGUCUACUGUACACACGACUGCUCUGGGCCUUCGGCUGCUACGAGUGGCUAAGGCGCGCGGCAUGACCCUGUUGGGGCGCUGUUUCGACUUGAAGAGCGCGUAUCGGCAGCUACCGAUACACCUGAAUAAUCUGCCGUACGCUGCUGUUGCUGUGUGGUGCCCUGAAGCACAGACUGUUCGCAUUCUGCAGAUGUUUUCGCUCCCCUUCGGAGCCGGCGGCAGUGUGCCAGCCUUUGUCAGAGUAGCUCUAGCGUUGUGGCGAGUACUUUGCCGUUGUCUUUCAGUGCCUGCCACACUGUUCUUUGACGACUUUACCUGCAUGGUGCUGUCUCCUGACGCUGCUAGCGCUGAAGCUUCUGUGCAUCUGCUCUUCAGGAUCCUUGGAUGGCGCCUGGCCAUGGACGGCUCCAAAGCAGCUCCAUUUUCGGCACUGUUUCAGUCCUUAGGUGUGGUUUUCUGCCUUCACCCAGGUGUGGACUGCAGCCUCUCUGUCACCAACACUGAGGCUCGCAAGGCUGAGGUUGCAGCCUGGUGCUUAGAGAAACUUAGGGCCAAGUGUGCGACACCAAAGGAGUGUGAACAGUUUGCUAGCAGAGUGAGGUGGUUAGCAGGUCAGGUUUUUGGUCGCUCUGCCUCUGCUGCACUUCGUGUUCUGUUGCGCGCUGGUCGUGAAAGCCGCUCUUUCACUGCACGGCCUUUGUCGGCAGAGCUGGCUUGGGCCAUCAGGUGGAUACUUGAGAACAUACCCAAGGGUAAGCCGCGACGGUGGUCGUUGGGUACCAGAAAGAAGUUGCAUCUGUUUACUGACGGUGCUGUUGAGGGUGACGCUGCCUCUAUAGGAGGUGUUCUUUGCGACGGCUGGUGCCAGCCGCUCACUUGGUUUGGGUGCCAGGUUCCAGCCUCAGUGCUCGGAGGAUGGUGGUCGUCCGGCACGGACCAUCCCAUCAUUCAGUGUGAGUUGCUUGCAGCCGUGGUCGCCUGCCAUGUUUGGUGUGACCUGUUGUCUGCUGCCAACGUCUGCCUGUGGGUGGACAAUGAGGUCGUUCGUUUUGGCAUCAUAAAUGCUUUCAUACGGCCGCCGUCUGCCAUGCACAUGUUGACCAGGCUUCUGCAGGCUGAGGUGUCUGCCGACAUUGGCAUGUGGUUCUGUCGUGUGCCUUCGCACAGCAACCCGGCCGAUGGGCCCAGUCGUGGCGAGACUCCGCCAUUCUUGGCGCAGGCCUCGGACAAGUACACUUGCUCCUACUGCUGGCCCCUGUGGGUCUGCUGGUCCUGGGACCUUACAGCACGACUUCAGGAGAGCUCCAAGCGUGUGCAGGCUCUGUGCAAAUGGUCCAACUUGCUGCGCAUGGAGCCUGACAUGUUUUCUGCCUCGACUGUUGCCAAGUUGCCUGACGGUGGCGAUCAGGCUGUUGUCGAGCACUUGGAUGUCUUGUUCAGCAAGAAGAGUACCAACACCUUACUGACUCGAGCUUUCCCUCUGACCCGUCUGGUGCUUUGGCACAGGCGCACCAGUCCUGAGGAGAGCCUCUCUGAGUCUUUGCUCUGGCUCCACUGUCGUUGGCUGCAGGGGUGUGCAGCUGCUUCCAGCAUUGACGGCCUGGUGAGCAGUUUCAACUUCGUACAUGGCACCCUGGGCCUCCGACUCUCUGUGCAGGAGCUCUUGUCCGCACGAGUCAAGGGCCUUGCUCACGCUCACCUGAAGACUAAGGAAGACGUCGACCAAGCUCCUGCUCUCACUGUGGCUCAACUAAGGUGGUUGGAGUUCUACGCUGCCUCGGCUGACGACCUCUACGAGAAGUUGGUGGCCUGUACGCUUUGCUUCAUGGUCUACGCGCGCGCCCGUCGCAGCGACUUGGCAAGGGCGACUCACAUUGACUUCGACCUGACGCCUGAUGGCUUGGAUGGCUUUGUGGAGUGCCGUGUCAAGAACCCGAAGCAGGCUAAAGCAGCCAGUCGUCGCAACCUGUUCUUGCCCCUGACGGCGCUGUUCACUGGCUUGUCAACGGUGCCCUGGGGUGCCACCUUUUUUGGCUGUGCGCCAAGCCAACGGUCUGUCGACGUCUGGUGCACUGGACCAUCCGCUGUUGCCUGCUUUGUCGACUGGAGGAGCAUCCUGGCCAAGGCCCCUGAUGCUGACCUCGGCCUCAUCGCCAAGGUUCGCUCCCACAGCUGCAAGGCAACGCUGAUGAGCUGGGGUGGCAAGGCAGGUCUGAGUGAUAAGACGUUGAACUUCCUGGGCUACCACAGCCAAGGCGCGAAUAUGGCCAAUGUCGGGUACAGACGUGACGCUCUGGCUGGGCCUCUUCGCGAACUUUGUGGAGUUGUUAGCUCUGUUAAAGCUGGAAAGUUCGCACCUGACGAGACACGCAGUGGACGCUGGCAUGAGCCUGCCAGCCCUGUCUCCUCUGCGUCUGUGGUGACUUCACCGCCGAGUAGCGCGGAGAAGAAGGGGGCUGACUUACCUGUCGUU